AUGGCUUAUAUAGAAGAUUUACCUGAUGAACUUCUCAUUAUGAUUUGGAAUAAACUUAACAAUCUUGAUGUAUUUUAUUCAUUUAUAGGUGUUAAUAAAAGAUUUGAUAAAUUAAUUCGUGACAUCAACUAUACUCGUUCUAUUCAACUUAUUGAUAAAGAUUCCAAUCAUAAAUAUUGUUCAUUGUCCGAUCCAUUAUUGAAUAAACUUUGUUCUUAUUUUUUACCACAAAUACAUGAAAAUAUUGAAUGUUUAACACUUGAACCAUAUUCGAUGGAACGUAUUCUUUGUGCUGCUCAAUAUCCUCAUUUAUAUAAGUUGAUUCUUGUCAAUUUUGGUCAUCAAUCAACAAGACAUUAUUUCAUUGACCAAUCACCAUUUCUGAAUCUUUUCAAACAAAAUAUAACACAUUUGAAUGUUUCAAUUGAUGAUUCGAAAUUAAAAUUAUUACUUGUUAAUGAUAAUGAGAAUCUAUAUGCAUUUAUUUCUUCAAUAUUUACAAGUUUAAUUGAUUUUACUUUUACUUGUCAUGGUUUUUGGCGACGAUAUGCACAUUUAACAAUUGAUAAUUCAUGUCAAACGAAUUCUUUUCUACAAAAUGUUGUGAAUUUGUGUAUUGAUGUUGAUACAUUAGAUGAUUGUUUACGUCUUCUUGAUGGUCGACUGAUCUAUUUACGAAAACUUAUUGUUAAUAUUUAUAAAAUUACAUCUGCAACAUUUGAUAUUGAUAAUAAAACACUACUAAAUAUUCGAUGUUUUUCAUUAACUUCAUCUAAAUCGACAUCAGAGUAUGAUAAUUCUAUUUUACCACUUGUUCACCGAAUGAUUUAUCUCGAAAAAUUGACACUAUGUUUAUCUGUUCAUCGAAUAUCUACAUUUAUUGAUGGUUUUCAUUUCAAAAACGAAAUCUUUCGUCAUCUACCACAACUUCUAACAUUUGAUUUCGAAAUAACAACUUUCGUUGAAUCGAUUGAACAAACAAAUUAUGAAUCAGAAAAUACAUUUAUUGACACAAGAUAUAAUCAAGCUAUAUUUUAUAUCGAUUGUGAUCCAUAUGGAGGUGCUCGAUCUCACUUAUUUUCUCUUCCAUAUACAAUUAACGAAACUCUUCAUCUCAGUAGCAAUUUUCCAGGAGCUUCGCUUUCAAAUGUACGCUCUUUGACGUUAAUAGACAUGCAUUAUUCAUUUGAACAUCAGUUUUUCAUAAAAAUUGCUCAAUCUUUCCCAUAUCUUACUGAUUUGUGUAUUUGUAAUCAAGAACCACAACAAUAUAAACAGUUAAAUCAAUCAUCAAUUAUUGAAUUUCCUUACCUUAAUAAUCUGACAUUUAUUUUAAGUCAUAUCGAUUAUCCGGAACACUUUUUGGUUGAUAAAAAUAUUAUAUUACCACAUUUAAUUUAUUUAGUAAUCUCUUAUGAACAUUUGAAAAUUGUUACUGAAAAUUUUACACGUGAUACAACUCGUCGAAAUUGUGCUCAAUUAAAUUGUAUAUGCGUUAAUGAAUCAAUUGUUCAUUCAGAAAGUUUUUAUCAAUAUUUUCCUUCUCUUAAAUAG